UUAAUCGUGUCCCAUAUUCAACAAUCAGCUAGCUUUUUUUCAAUUUUCUGUGUAGUUCUUGACUAACGUAAUUGAAAAGUAUUUUUGUUUCGUUUCUGGUGCUUUUGUUUACAUAUCCAGGUUUAUUAAAAUGCGUAAACCUUCUUCUACAGGGCCUCACUUGAAGGACAUGUGCCUAUCAUUGACUAUCUCCUAGAGCAGGGAGCGAUGCUCCAUCCAGUUACUGAGACUUGCACCCCCUCCCCACUCAUGUGCGCUGUCAAGAGGAGCCAGCACCACGCUGUCAAAUAUUACCUGGCACGCGGUUUUCCAUUAAAGUUAAAGGAUGUGAACUGGAGAACAGUGCUUCAUGUAGCCGUUGCGUGCGCUGAUAUUCAAACUGUGGACUUGAUCUUGGAGAAUGGCGGUCAUAGCCUCUUAGAGAGCAAAGAUCAGUAUGGCAAAACAGCAACACACUAUGCCGCAACUACACAAAACGUGGAUAUUAUAGACCGUCUAAUACUUGUUGGAGCUAACGUCAGGGAGAAAGACAACGAGGAGAGGAUCCCGCUUCACUUGGCCGCAGAGUUUGUAUAAUUUUCAUUUGUAUUCAUAGAUACGCAACGCUAGCAACAGCACUGUGCGGUCAGCUUACGUUAACUUGUCAAGUGUUUCCACACUACUUGCCAAAAAUUACGGGCGAUUUUAAUUUCUGACAGAAACAGUGUCCGAAAACAAAACCAACUUUUCAG